AAACCCAAUGAUUCCCCCCUCUCUUUCCUCUAACCUCACAAUGUUAUCUAUUCCCUCAAACACUUCGUUUCUCUCUCCUCCCAACUUUUCGCCCAAAUCUCCUUCGUCGUCUUCUUCGUCGUCUCCUCCUACUUCUCCCUCCUCCGUCAGAUUCGCCACCACACGCGCCGCCGCAGCAACAGCUUCAACAUCCUACGCCUCAGCGGAGAGCGAAACCACCACAAGAACGACGUCGUAUCUCAACAACAACACCGCUCGAAGAAACGUCGCUUCGUCUCUCUACGAGAUCCUCGGAAUCCCUACCGCCGCCACGUGUCAGGAGAUCAAAGCCGCGUACCGGAGAUUAGCUAGGGUUUGUCAUCCUGAUGUAGCGACGAUCGAUCGGAAGGAUUCUUCGGCCGAUGAGUUUAUGAAGAUACACGCUGCUUAUUCUACUCUUUCCGAUCCGACUAAACGCGCAGCUUAUGAUCGGAGAUUUCUGAGGCGUCCGAGUCCGCUUACUAUGGCUUCUGGAUUUUCUGGCUACUCUCGUCGAAAUUGGGAGACUGAUCAGUGUUGGUAGUAGUGAGUCGAAUCGUUCGAGUCUGAUUUCGAACUCAGUAUGAUUCAAUGGAAAAAGAAUUAUGUAUAUAUUAUCCAAGGAGAAGGAACGAUCUGAGCCGGUCAAUUUGAUCAAGAUCAUUAUCAACCGUCCGUUACCGGAGAAGGAAAGUCCGUUACUAUUAAUUACCGUUAAAAAGAAUAGAAAAUCGCGCGAAAAAAAGUCAAAAGGCUUAAAUUAUGCAAAAAGAAAAAAAAAAAGUUAUAUGAUUAUUAUCUGUUUCUUUAAUAUUAAAAAAUUAGAUGUAUUAUUUGUAUAAUUUGAACUUUUUGGCUUUGUUUUUUCUUUUUUAUAAUUAACAAUAUAGCAAUUGGGGGCUCUGUAUUUUGAUGGGUUUCAAUUUUUAUGUGUAAUUUAAAUUCAGUGAUUAACUAAUUGAAGUUAUGGCUUUUUUUAGUUAACACUCAAAUAUUAUUAUUAAGUACUUGUUGUUGAGAUUAGUAUAUUAAAUGAAUUAGAAUUUUAUGAGUGAUUUUAAA